GGCAACUUACUCCACCCAUUUUCUCAACGACAACUCUGAAAGCUAUAACGCCCACAUUGCGCCUUUCGGGCUCCGAAAAACAUUGUUUCUUUGUAAUAAUACCAGCUGCGUAACUUCGUCGUGGGCGCGGUCGCCGUGCGCCUGCUCCAUUCUCAGCUCUUCCGCUCAGUGACCCCCGCCUUUACCGCUCGAGUUUCAUACCCUGCCUGUUCAACAUGUCCUCCUAUCUCACAUACUUUUCUUCAAGAUACAACUCUAUCCGCCGCAACCUGCUCUCUGACGAAAAUGACGGUGACACCGAGGAUGACACGCACAUCUCUCGGGUCUUGCGAGCCUAUUACAUCGAGAAAGGGCGACCCUUUCCUCCUUGGCUGCCACCCGAUCCUAAAGCUCCCCAAGUGCAGCCUGCUCAAUAUGUCGCCAUGAACAGUAGACAAGGAAGCCAGCAGAUGCCUCCUCGCGGCAGCACUGGUGGACUGGGCGACCUCUGGGAUGCUCCACAGCGACCGCCUGCGACUGAAUCUUUAUCUCUGCGAAAAGGGGGUGCAAUGCGGGGAGCAGCAGGAAGAGGAGCUUCGCCACGGCCAAGCAUCGUUGAUUCAUAUACUCCUGCGUCCCCUGUCGAGCAAGCCCGACCCCUCCCGAGCCAGCGGGCCGGCAGCUAUCAGGCUCAAUUUCCCCCACAACAGGCGCAACGAAAUGACAGCUUUGUUUCAGCUACUCCAAGUUCUGGAUCUGGAUCAGGUCUUGGGGCACAGGAGAGACUAAAGGCAAGAUUUCGGGGCGGAGGGUCCAGCAGCUCUGCCUCAAGUGCGUCAACUUACGGCGUGCAAAAUCAACGAUUUGCUGGCGGGUACGAUGGGCAGGGCGGGAGUGCAGAUAGACCUUUUGUCGGCGCAACCUCUCCUUGGGUGAGUGGAGAUCCGGGGCCGCCAGUUCGAGGCUACGGGGGCGGCGAAGAAGCCAGUAGUGGAGGAAAAUUUGGGCUAUUUCGAGGGCAAAGAACGAAAUGAACUCCGUAAAGGUCGUUUCAUGCUUCAAUUUGGCCAUAGCUAUAUUCCACCUUGUUACAUAUUGGCUUUGGUAUUUGCUUUAGGGUGUCUGAGGAGUUCAGAAUGAUAUCUUUUCAAGCAGCCAACAACUCCCUUUGUUGCAUACCGCAACUGCAUAGCCCGUCUCAAUACCCACAAUUGGCGUCUCACCGAUCAUGCCCUUGCGGGAAAUUAUUGUUUAAUAUUUGCGGGCCUGCUUCGUUUUCCUUUCCAAGGAAAUUCUCUUCCAUUCAUAAUUAUUUAAUCCUCUCUGGGGGUGCCUUAAUUAGAACCAAAUUCAUAUAUGGGACGCUUGCCGUUUGCCGUUUGCCGGACGUUGAGAGAGACGGCAUUCUACAAUAAUUCUCGGAACCACUUUUCAUAUACAUUUGUCAACC